AUGUCCAAAGCUAUUGGCAUUGAUUUGGGUACCACCAACUCGUGUGUGGCUUACUACCACAACGACAAGUGUGACGUCAUUGCCAACGACCAAGGUAGCCGUACCACCCCGUCAAUGGUCGCUUUCACCGAUUCCGAGCACUUGAUUGGGGAGGCCGCAAAGACCCAGGCGGGUAGAAACCUCAACAACACCGUGUUCGAUACCAAGCGAAUGAUCGGCCACCUGUACGACGACCCGGUGAUUGAAGACGACAAGAAGUACUAUCCCUUUGAAGUCGUCAACAAGGCCGGCAAGCCCGCUAUUAAAGUUGAAUACAAGGGUGAAACCAAGGUACUCUCACCAGAAGAGAUUUCCGCCAUGAUAUUGGCGAACAUGAAGGAAACUGCCGAGGCUUUUAUCGGCUCGAAAGUCAACAAUGCUGUGGUCACGGUUCCCGCUUACUUCAACAACUCGCAAAGACAAGCCACCAUUAACGCCGCUAAGCUCGCUGACCUUAACGUGUUGAAAAUCAUCAACGAGCCCACCGCUGCCGCCAUUGCCUAUGGCUUGACCCAAGAAGGCAAUAUUCCCGAGAAGCGAAACGUGUUAGUCUUCGAUUUGGGUGGCGGUACUUUUGACUUGUCGUUGUUGUCUGUCGAAGGCCGCGUCUUCAAGGUGAUGGCAACCGCUGGUGACACUCACUUAGGCGGUAAAGAUUUCGACAAUCGUUUGGUGGAAUACCUCAUCCAGGAGUUCAAGCGCCAGACUGGUAAGGAUAUCACUGGCAACCAGAGAGCGAUUAGAAGAUUGCGGAAUGCCUGUGAGCCGGCGAAGAGAACGUUAUCGUGGUCGACUCAGGCCGCCAUUGAAAUCGACGCGUUGUUUGAAGGUGUCGACUUCUACACCUCAAUCACCCGAGCCAAAUUCGAAGAGUUGUGCGGCGACUUAUUUGACUUUACCAUCGAUUUGGCGGAACAGGUGUUGAAGGACGCGAUUGUCGACAAGUCGGAAGUCGACGAAGUCGUGCUUGUUGGCGGCUCCACCAGAAUCCCCAAAAUCCGCAGCUUGUUGUCUGCAUUCUUUGAUGAUAUGUUCAUUACGAAGUCGAUCAAUCCCGAUGAAGCUGUUGCCUAUGGCGCUGCAGUUCAAGCGGCGAAGUUGGUUGGCGACAACUCUGCGCAAACUCAGGACUUGGUAGUGAUGGACGUCACUCCUUUGUCAAUUGGUAUCAGACUACAUGGUGGGAUCAUGUCCAAUGUGGUCCCGAGAAACGCGCCAAUUCCCUCCAAAUUCACCAACACCUUUGUCACUAUUGUUGACUACCAAGAAGUUGUUCGGGUUAGAAUCUUCGAAGGUGAACGAGCCAUGACCGCGGAUAACAACUAUCUUGGGGAGUUAACUUUGCACGACAUUAAACCGGUUCGAGCAGGGGUCAUUAAGGUUGAUGUAACCUUUGAAUUAAAUGCCAACGGCGUCAUGACGGUGUCUGCCGUGGAGAGAGGUACCAACAACUCGAAAAAGGUUACCAUUAACCACGAUAAAAGCAGAUUCCUGCCCGAGGAAAUUGAGCGGAUGGUUGUCGAAGCCAAGUUGCACAAGGAACGCGACGAUGUUGAAAUCGAGAGAGUUCGUGCCAAAAAUGCAUUUGCAACCUUCGCAAUAUCGUUGCGCAAAUCGAUGAUCCGUGGUCCUUUAAAAGACAAGCUUAGCGCUGGCAGCAAGCAGACGCUUAAGGAGUCGGUUGACAACGCUCUUUCGUGGUUGCAAAACUCACCGAACGCCACCAAGAGAGAAUACGCUGACCGUAAGCGGGAAUUGGAACGGGUGGUGAACCCUAUCGUGGAUCCGAUUGAAGCGUCAUCUGAUGAUGAUGAUGAUUUGGCGUCUGAAGAAGACGCGACGACUCUUGUACUUGAUUAG